GUAAUGCAACGCACUCACCCGCGUUUCCUUUCCGAGCCGCGAAGCAUCACCGGCGAUGAAGUCGCGUCUUGGAGAUGUUCCUGAUACGCACGGAGGGAUCCUAAUCUAGACAGAGGAAGGAACCCCUGAUAUCUGCCGUCGGUUGGACAUUUUGCUGUUUUGGUUUUGGGAAAGGGGAGGGUGAGGAUAAGUAGUCCACGCUAUUUCCGAACCGUCACUGUCAAACUAGAGAAUGAACACCAUAAGACAUGCGCCCACUCGGGUGAAAAGCAGGCGGAUUGAGACCAAUCUCGGAGCCGAGAAGGAGCAUUUUGCCAAGCAGCAGCUGAGCAGCAUCGGCAAAGCCAUCAACUCUACUGAGACGCCUGUGAAGGAGAAACAUGCACGACGAAUCAUCCUGGGGACUCACAGGGAGAAGGGGGCCUACACCUUCUGGUCCUAUGCUCUGGGCUUCCCUCUGCCCAGCAGCUCCAUCCUCAGCUGGAAGUUCUGCCAUGUACUCCACAAAAUCCUGCGGGACGGGCACCAAAAUGUUCUACAAGACUGUGUUAGACAUCACAGUACUCUAGUUGACACUGGAAAGCUAUGGGGCAACCUACAUGACAGAUAUGGACAGCUGGUGGCUCUGUAUACCAAGCUGCUAUGCACCAAAAUGGAGUUUCAUGUGAAGCAUAAAGAAAUCCCCCCGAACCUGGAGGUCACAGAUGAAGUCCUGGAGCGCACUGCAGGAUCAGACAUUAAUAAUGUGUUCCAGCUCACAGUGGAGGUGUUUGAUUACAUGGAUGCAGAGUUGAGGUUGGCUGAGACAGUGCUCCGACAGCUCAACACAUCCAUCGCCAUCUCCAGUCUCACAUCAGGACAGUGUCGCUUGUCUCCGCUCAUCCAAGUUAUCCAGGACUGUAGUCACCUCUACCACUUCACCGUCAAGCUGCUAUUCAAGCUGCAUGCCUGUCUCCCUGCUGACACCUUACAAGGACACCGUGAACGUUUUCAUGACCAGUUCCACAGCCUUAAGACCUUUUUCAACAGAACCAGAGACAUGAUUUACUUCAAGAGACUGAUCCAGAUUCCCAAGCUGCCUGAUUCCCCACCUAACUUUCUGCACGCAGCCUCACUGGCCAAACAUGUGAAGCCAGUGGUGGUCAUCCCUGACCAGGACGACCAGCAACUAGACGAUGAUGAUGAUGAUGGCGAGCCGCUUGUUGAGGUCAGCCAGGUCUCAACAUCCAGCGUACAAGCACAGCCGCAGGCACCUGACAUAUUUGAUCAGGCAUUUGGACCUCCGAAUGGAGGCUUCGAUAGCAGAGAUAUCCAGAUUGACAACCUGAAACGGGACAUAGAGUCGGUGAGAGCAGAGCUGGAGAGAGUGAAAGCAGAGGCUCAGCGCUACAUUACACAGCUCAAGUCCCAGAUCAACAGUUUGGAGGCAGAGCUAGAAGAACAGCGUGCACAGAAACAACGUGCCCUUGUGGAAAAUGAGCAGCUGCGCAUGGAGCUAGAGGCCACUCGCUACCGAAAUGCAGAACAUGAGAGCUUACAGUCAACCUUCAUUGAGGCAGAGAAAAAAGCGCAGGCCACCGAGCAACGGUACAAUAAACUGAAGGAGAAGCACACAGAGCUGGUGGCCAGCCAUGCCGAACUGCUUCGGAAGAGCGCAGACACUGUGAAGAUGCUGUCAGCAACCCAGCAGACCCAAGAAGAAGUGGAGAGGACCAAACUGCAGCUGUCGUUUGAGAUUGACAGGAUAAAACAGGACUGUGAUAUGAAGUUGGAAGAGCAAAGGUUUGAGGUAGAGAAGGUCAAGAGAGAGCUGGAGGAGAAGAUGGCAGAAGUGACUUGCAUCAAGGCGACUCUGCACAGCAGCGAGCAGACGUCGGAGCACAUGAACAACUCAAUGACAGCUCUGCAGGCAGAGAAGGAGCGUCUGAUGCGAUCUGUGAGUGAGAAGGAGGCGGAGCUGUCAUCCCUGCGACAGGCUGCGCAGGUGCAGCAGUCGUCACUCCAGCAGGAGCGUGAGAGGAACAGCAGGGAGCUUGGAGAGCUGCAGGGCAAACUGCAGGAGAAGGUGAGUCAGGAGGAACAGCUGAAGCAGAAGCUGCUGGAGGAGCAGUUUGCUUUGCUGCAGGGUACCUGCACAGAAGCUGAGAAGAUCAUCCAAGAUGCUGUUGCUAAGAUAGAUGAUCCCCUCCAUAUACGCUGCACUAGCUCUCCAGAUUACCUUGUAAGUCGGGCAGAGGCUGCACUGGGCUCCAUCGACAAAGUGAAAAAGGGCCAUGCAGAUUAUCUGAAUAAGAUGGGGGAUGCUGGAGGGCUGCUGACGGCUCUGACCCAGUUCUCCCACUUGGCUGCAGAUACAAUUAUAAACGGCAGUGCUACUGCACACAUGGCACCAACGGACCACGCAGACCGACUGACUGAGAACUGCAGAGGUUGUGCCACUGAGAGUUUGCGGUAUUUGAAGGACCUGAAGUCCAAGACCACCCUCCCAAGGGCAGACCCAGCCUCCAUUCGCAUAGUCAUUCAAAAGAUCUUGCACUUGGGCCAGGAGCUGCGGCCCAAAGGCAUGGACGUUCGUCAGGAGGAGCUGGGAGAUCUGGUCGACAAGGAAAUGGCUGCAACAUCAGCAGCUAUUGAGGAGGCAGUCCGCAGGAUUGAUGAAAUGAUGAGUCAGGCACGAAAGGACACAUCAGGGGUCAAACUGGAGGUCAAUGAAAGAAUCCUCUACAGCUGCACAGACCUAAUGAAGGCCAUCCGCAUGCUGAUCAUAGCAUCUACAGAUUUGCAGAAGGAGAUUGUUGAGAGUGGGAGGGGCGCAGCAACCAUUAAGGAGUUCUAUGCCAGAAACUCUCGCUGGACUGAGGGACUCAUCUCUGCUGCAAAGGCUGUGGGAUGGGGGGCUACAGAGAUGGUAGAGUCUGCUGAUAAAGUGGUGCUGCACACAGGCAAAUAUGAGGAGUUGAUUGUCUGCUCCCAUGAGAUCGCCGCUAGCACAGCACAGCUGGUCGCUGCCUCAAAGGUUAAGGCAGAUCGCAACAGCAAGAAGCUGCCAGUUCUUCAACAGGCUUCUCGCCAUGUGAAUGAAAUGGCAGCUAAGGUGGUGGCCUCAACAAGGACGGGCCAGGAGAACCUGGAGGAAAAAGAUACCAUGGACUUUUCUGGGAUGUCCCUCAUCAAAUUGAGGAAAGAAGAAAUGGAGUCACAGGUAAAGGUACUGGAAUUAGAAAGUCUGUUGGACAACGAGCGACUGCGCUUAGGUGAGCUGAGGAAAAAGCACUACGAUUUGGCUGGAGUUCCUCUAACCCAGGAUGCUGAGGGGAACGGUGAAAUCUCCUCACUGGGUUAUCCUAGCUCCAUGUCACCUAAACCCUCUAAGCCAACUGUCAUGAAGAAACCUGCGCUGGCCCAGAAACCUGGCAUACCACCCAAAACUACAUUUAAGUAAUGCCUGAACAGAAGAGGAAAAUGCUCCACUAAUGGCUGGUUGGAUUGACCAGAGGAAGAGCAACUUUUUGUGAAUGCAGUUCUAUUAAGUUGCAUGUUGACAAUCCUCUGCCUCACCCUGCAUCAGACUGUUUCAAUUUCAUUCUGUUUUUUGUUUUGUUUGUUUUAUUUUUAUUUUUGCCAAAAUGGACCAGAUGCCUGAUUUUUGACCCAUGAUGCCUUUAAUCUCAACCCUCUUUUUAAAAGAUAUACACGCAUUCAAGGCAGAACCCUUUUAAUUUAAGUACUUGGCAUCAAGAACAAAAAAAAUCUGUUAUACUUUUAGGGUGCAUGAAAGUAUUUUUUUCUGCAUCACAAAAAUGUUGAUAUUCAGCUUUUAGAAUACAAACAUUAAACAUACCUUGUAUGUCAGUAGCUGGUUUUGAUCAUGCUUUGGAUAACCUUUUGCACAUUAUUUUGAACUUUAAUUAAAGAGCCCAUCACAUUCUC